CGUGGCGGUUACAUUUACACACUUUCAGUCAAGCAAACAUUUUGGGUUGUGUAGAAACUGACAUGACACUCUGAUGAAACUAGCAACGUGGUUUACGAAUCGCGACGUUCUUCAUAUUUCAUUGGAUAUUUGGAAAUAGUUCACAGUGUGGUUGGAAUGUCCGUAAAGCAGAUUGAACACGUUCCGUAAUACCUUAAUAUCCAAAACCAAAAAAACCAAUAACAAGAAAACAAGAUGGACCUUCAAUUACUACAGUUUCUGACCAACCCCUUGGAUGCCAAUGCACAAUCUAGGGCAUUGGCUUACUUUGAGCAACUCAAGUCUUCUGACACUGGAUGGCAACUAGCAACUAAUACUCUCAUCAAUACAAGUGCUGGACCAACUUUGAAUGAUCAUGUCAAGUUUUUUGCGUUACAAGUCAUUGAAAUUUUCAUCAAGCAGUCCUAUCAAAAGAGUUCACCAUCUCAACAGCAGGCAAUGAAACACUUUCUCAGCCAAUGGAUUCAGUUACAGGUUUCUCAACCCAUGCAAGACAAGGCUUUCAUCAGGAAUAAAGCUGCACAAAUAUUUGCUUUGGUGUUUGUGUGUGACUAUCCAAAAAGAUGGCCCAGUUUUUUCACAGACUUGUUGCAAACCCUUUCCCUGGGUCCGCGCGCAAUUGAUCUGUAUCUUCGAGUUCUACUUGCCAUCGACUCUGAAGUUGUGGAUCGUGAAAUUCUUCAUUCCAAAGAAGAAGCUGACCGUAAUACCCUAAUUAAAGAUCACAUGCGAGAAACGUGUGUAGAAGCCCUGGUCGACUCCUGGUACCAUAUCUUGUCGGCAUAUGAAACGUCGAACACUGAUCUAGUGUGUCAAACUUUGGAAAUUGUCGGUGCCUAUAUUGCAUGGAUCAACAUUGACCUAAUAGCUAACGUGCGAUUUGUCGAUCUUCUUGUCCGAUUUUUGCGCGAACAACCACUGCGAGAAGCUGCGGCCGACUGUCUUCAUGAUAUUGUCGCAAAAGGAAUGGAUCCCGUAGCAAAGACAAAGCUGGUCGAAUCACUGUUUUCAGUAUUGGAUUCUGCCGGUAUUCUGAAUGUUGACAUGGAGGAUGACGUCGAUUACUUGUGCAAAUUAGCUCGUCUUAUUAAUUGCAUUGGUCUGCAAUUGGCGCUCAGUUGGACAAAGCUUAAAAAAGCCGGUGAUAGUGAUAGCGCAUGUGCAGUGAUGCAACUUCUUGAAUCCAAGAUCCCUCUCUGUUUCCGGUUUCUUGGCCAUUCAGACGAUGAUGUCUCGGCUUCUGUGAUGGAUUUCGUGAAAGAAUAUAUUCAGUUGUUAAAGCAAAAAGCGGCCAUCAACGAAGCGGAACGCCAACAAGUGGAAAGUCUUCUUUUCAUCAUAUUUGAAAAAACUAAAUAUGAUGAAGGUUUUUAUUUUGAUCGUGAUGGUGAAGAGGAAGCUAUUUUCUUGGAAUACAGAAAGCAGCUUAGAACAUUGUUCGAUAAUGUUGCAGUACUCGACCGUGAUUUGGUUUUGAACCGCGUACGUGAUUUAGUUAAUAUGACUUUACCCCGCUGGCAAACGUCGUCUUUCGCCGAGGUUGAGGCAGCGCUUACUUUCCUUUACCAACUGGGCGAAGCGCUUCCCGUUUCACACGGGAAUCAUUUUUCCGGUGACCCUGCCAAGGCAUCUGCACUCCAGCCGAUGAUGGUAUCGCUUCUCUCUUGCGGAGUUAGCAACUACCCACAUCCGGCUGUAACUCUGUGCUUCUUCGAACUAGUCGUCCGCUACGAAAAAUUCUUCUUGGUUCAACCUCAAUUUGUAGCCCCUACACUGGUGGCCUUCUUAGACCAAGGUGGCAUGAGGCACGCCAACCCAAAAGUACGCAGUCGAGUGGCUUACCUCUUCUCACGCUUCGUUCGCGCGGUCAAAUCCCACAUGACGGAUUACACGGAGGACGUACUCCGUAGAUUGCAGGAUCUCUUGGUAUUGAUUCCUGCUGAAAGUGGACCUCAGACGGCAUUGCUCACCCACGACGACCAACUCUUUAUUUUCGAAACGGCUGGACUACUGAUCACAUCAGGAAAUUUUGAUGCCGAGACGAAAAGAAACUUGAUGGACAGUCUUGUGUCACCAGUUCUUGAGAAGUUUGCUGUGUUGCUCGAAGAACUUAUCAGACUAACCCCCCAAUCCCCGAACGCCGUUGGCCCGGCUGAUGCGGCCAACCAGAAGCGGAGGGCCAUAUUAGCCCAGUGUCUUUCUCAUGCCAUGUCGGCUGUUGCCUGGAGCUCGAAAGCCUUUACCAACACUCAAACUAUCAAAGCAUCUGGAUGUCUUUCAGUUUAUCUGAAAGCGUUGGAAGUCUUUCUUCGUGCCAUUCAACUUCCUGAAGUUGUUUCAGAAAUCCAAGCUGGCUUAAGACAAUAUCUUCAUAGAAUGACCGUAUGUCUUGGUGAAGAAUUGCUACCAUUCGUUCCGUCGGCAUCACAGGUUUUGCUCAAGUCUAGUAGCGUUCAAUCGCUUUCCGAAUACAUCCCACUGAUCAACCAGAUCAUUGCCAAGUUCAAGAAACAAGUAGUGCCCUUCUUGACGCAGGCGUUCGCUCCAAUUAUCUCAGCCAUUUUUAAUGCGCUCGCUGCUUCAGCUUCCACUGUCAAUGACGAAGAAGCUCGUCUAGAACGCCAGUCACUGCAGAGAUCUUAUUUCUCAUUUAUUGCUGCCAUCGUGGGCAGUGGCUUAAUGGAAGUGUUGGCUUCGCAGGAUCCUGCCACUCUUCAACAAGUUCUCGUUUCUCUCGUGCAGGGAGCUGUGGAAUAUCCAGAUCCAGUGGCUCAGAAGACUUGCUUUUCCACUCUGCGUCGAUUGGUGGAGAUUUGGGGUGGCAAAGAUGGUCCCCCUGAGUUUGUCGAAUUUGUUUACAAACAAAUCGUUCCCGCCUGCUUUCUAGCCCCACUUCGAGAUACAUUUGACCUCAAUGACGCUCAGACUACUCUGGCGCUCACUGAAAGCGCCUUAUGCCUCCGAGCAAUUCUUGAAAAGAGGGGAGAGGAAGAACUUGUCACCUUUCUUCAGACGCAGUACUUGCCAACUUUGAAAUUGUCACUGCAACAGUCGCAAGAAUUUUGCAUGGCCCUGAGAUCUGAUCAAAAGCUGUUCAAAUCCUACUACAAGAUGUUCUUCCAGCAGGCUCGAGGAUUAUGACAAUUGACUGCAUCACAAAAUCCCAUGUUGGAAUGGCUUCAUCAAUUUUGAUUAUCGUUUUAAGAAUCCGUUUAGCUUUGGAGAAACUUGUACAUUUUUUGUUUACAUUCGACUAAAUGGGUUAUCUUUUUUUUUCACCAAGAUAUGACGAGUAGAAAAACAUGUUGGUGUUUGGAAAAGAAGAAAUUUUCAGCAUAACGGUUUGACUGCGAACUUAGCGAUGAAGAUUGUGCCUUGUUUGUCAGUUGUUCCGCCACAGCGAAGGGUCAUGUUUCCUCUUUCCCUUAUUAUUAUAAUUUUUUUUACUAUUAUUAUUUUACCUUUGGUUUGCAUGUUGUCAUAUCAAGACGCUUAAGACUAUAGACAUCGAGGAAAGAGGGGAUAAGCUAUUUGCACAUAGCUUAGGUUGUGAGUAACAAUCUGGAGAGUAUAUAGUA